AAAUUGUGUUUUUCAGGGGCGGUCCAUCGCAAAGUGUGGUUUCUCUGCGCCGGUGGUGUGUGAGGGCAUUAGUUGUUAAAUUUAAGAGGCACUUUCAGAAUGGACUCAACACUUACAGCUUCUCAGAUUCGACAGAAAUUCAUUGACUUCUUUAAAAGGCAUGAUCAUGAGUAUGUGCACUCUUCUGCUACGGUGCCGUUGGAUGAUCCCACACUGCUGUUUGCGAAUGCUGGCAUGAAUCAGUUCAAACCAAUUUUUUUAAAUACCAUUGAUCCUACACAUCCUAUGGCAAAAUUGCAACGAGCUGCUAACACUCAGAAAUGCAUUCGUGCUGGAGGAAAGCAUAACGACUUGGAUGAUGUUGGCAAAGAUGUAUAUCAUCACACAUUUUUUGAAAUGUUGGGCUCAUGGUCAUUUGGUGACUAUUUCAAGCAUCUAGCUUGUCAGUUAGCACUGGACCUGCUGACUAAGGAGUUUGGCAUUUUAAUUGAGAGGUUGUACGUAACUUAUUUUGGAGGAAACGAAGAAGCUGGGCUGGAGCCUGACUUGGAGUGCAAGCAGAUCUGGCUGGACUUGGGGAUGGAUGAAAGCCGCAUAUUACCUGGAAGCAUGAAGGAUAACUUUUGGGAAAUGGGAGACACUGGACCUUGUGGCCCAUGUAGUGAGAUCCAUUUUGAUCGUAUUGGAGGUCGUGAUGCAGCUCAUCUUGUUAAUCAGGAUGAUCCCAAUGUAUUGGAGAUCUGGAAUCUUGUCUUUAUCCAAUUCAACAGGGAGCCUGAUAGUUCCUUGAAACUGCUACCUAAAAAGAGUAUUGACACAGGAAUGGGUUUGGAGAGGCUGGUAUCAGUGCUGCAGAAUAAGAUGUCCAAUUACGACACCGAUCUGUUUUUGCCUUACUUUGAUGCCAUUCAAAAGGGUACUGGGGCACGGCCUUAUACUGGAAAGGUUGGUGCCGAGGAUUCGGAUGGAAUUGAUAUGGCAUACCGUGUUCUGGCCGAUCAUGCCCGAACCAUCACUAUUGCACUGGCAGAUGGAGGACGUCCAGAUAACACCGGGCGUGGGUAUGUUCUGCGGAGGAUCCUGCGUCGUGCAGUCAGAUACUCUCAUGAGAAACUAAAUGCCCAAAAGGGUUUCUUUGCCUCACUUGUUGAUGUGGUUGUGAACUCACUGGGAGGAGCAUUCCCUGAACUAAACAAAGAUCCAGACAUGGUGAAAGAUAUUAUUAAUGAGGAAGAGACACAGUUUCUUAAGACUCUUAGUAGAGGGCGGAGAAUUCUUGAUCGAAAGAUUCAAAGUAUGGGAGAUAGCCAAGUCAUCCCAGGUGACACUGCCUGGCUACUCUAUGACACCUAUGGCUUCCCACUGGAUCUUACUUCUCUCAUUGCCGAGGAGAGAGGCAUGAAGAUUGAUCUUGAUGGUUUUGAGGAAGAGAAAAAAGCUGCACAGCUCAAGUCUCAAGGAAAAGGUACAGGAGAUGACGAUCACAUCAUGCUUGAUAUCUAUGCUAUUGAAGAACUGCGGUCCAAAGAUUUUCAGCCCACUGAUGAUUCUCCCAAAUAUAGCUAUAGAGUUGAUGGUUCUGGAAACUAUGUGUUUGACGUGGCUGUGGGGACUGUCUUGGCUUUGCGGCGGGAGAAGAUGUUUGUAGACGAGGUGACCACUGGCCAGGAGUGCGGAGUGUUGCUGGACAGCACCAGCUUCUAUGCUGAGCAAGGAGGGCAGAUAUUUGAUGAAGGCUACAUGGUCCGUGAGGAUGACAGCUCUGAGGAUAAAAUGGAGUUCACUGUGAAGAAUACGCAAGUCAGAGGUGGCUUUGUUCUGCACAUUGGCACUGUAUAUGGGACACUGAAAGUUGGUGACAAAGUGAAGCUACACAUUGAUGAGGCCCGGCGACGAUUAGUCAUGAGUAAUCACACAGCCACACACAUCUUGAAUUUUGGCCUGCGCUCUGUUCUUGGGGAGGCAGAUCAGAGAGGUUCUCUUGUGGCACCAGACAGGCUUCGUUUUGACUUUACUGCAAAGGGAGCCAUGUCAACAGAAGAAAUUCGCAAGACAGAGGAGAUUGUAUGCUCUAUGAUCCAGAGUGCAAAGCCUGUCUAUGCAUUGGAUGCUGCUUUAGCCACAGCCAAGGCCAUUCAAGGUUUAAGAGCCGUUUUUGAUGAGACCUACCCUGACCCAGUGCGUGUGGUCUCCAUUGGCAUUCCUGUCCAAGAUCUGCUGCAGGACCCCAGUGGGCCAGCUGGGUCCUUAACCUCGAUUGAGUUCUGUGGAGGAACGCAUUUGCUCAACACUAUUCACGCUGAACCCUUUGUCAUUGUUUCUGAAGAGGCCAUUGCUAAGGGUAUACGCCGCAUUGUAGCUGUGACAGGUCCUGAAGCCCAGAAGGCCAUAAGGAAGGCUGAUUCAUUGAAGCAGUCUCUCUCUGAACUUGAAAAGAAGGUCAAUGUUCAAACUGCUCCCAACAAGGAUCUACAAAAGGAAAUUGCUGAUAUGACUGAGACGCUUGGCUCAGCAGUGAUUGCACAGUGGCAGAAGGAUACGCUGAGGGAAACUCUAAAGGGGCUGAAGAAGACCAUGGAUGACCUUGACAGGAGCAGCAAAGCAGAUGUGCAGAAAAGAGUCCUGGAAAAAACAAAGCAAUUAAUUGAUAGCAAUCCCAAUCAACCACUAGUAGUAAUGGAAAUGGAAAAUGGAGCUUCUGCGAAGGCCCUCAACGAGUCUCUAAAGCUGUUUAAAGCCAACUCCCCCCAGACUGCAGCCAUGCUGUUCGCUGUUGAUUCAGAAGCGGAGAAAAUCACAUGUUUAUGUCAGGUGCCACAGGACACCGCAGACCAUGGUCUGAAAGCAAAUGAAUGGGUACAACAGGUAUGCACACUAAUGGAUGGCAAAGGUGGUGGAAAGGAUACUUCAGCCCAGGCCACCGGCAGGAAUACAGGAUGCCUCCAGGAAGUCUUGCAGAUGGCUAAAGACUUUGCACACCUGAAACUGGGAGAUCUGAAAAAUUAAAAAGAAAUUCAAGCUGCACAUCCGUCCUGAAGUUACCACUGAUCAGUGCUGUUUGAAGAAAGAAAAAAAAGAAAGACAUUCCUGGAGAUGCAGAAGAGUAGACUUUCAAGCAAAAAAAAAAA